AUGCAGCGGCUGGAGCGGCUCUGUCGGGGGCGGCGGCGGGGGGGCGUCGGGGCGCGGGGGGGCGGCGGCGGCGCCAUGAAGUACCAGAAAUACCUGACGGUGCUGCAGAUGGCCAUCGGGGUGACCGCCUCCAACCGGGGCAGCCUCAUGCCCUUGAAGAGGAAGCUCUGGGUAACACCGUCCUCUGAAAACCCCAGUGGUUCUAAUUGUAGCAUAAGCCAAGGAAAGCCUUCUUUAAGAAGAAUAAAAGGGAGAAUACACAGAAGCAAAAGCCUGGAUAGCCUCGAUUUCUGCGAGUUCAAUAGCACAACUAUGGAAGAAACAGCUAUAUGGGAACAACACACGGUGACGCUUCACAGGGCUCCUGGAUUUGGGUUCGGCAUUGCAAUAUCGGGAGGGAGAGACAAUCCUCACUUCCAGAGCGGAGAAACGUCGAUCGUCAUCUCCGAUGUGCUCAAAGGAGGCCCGGCGGAAGGUCUGCUCCAGGAGAACGACCGCGUGGCGAUGGUCAAUGGCGUUUCAAUGGAUAACGUGGAGCACGCGUUUGCUGUUCAGCAGCUGAGGAAAAGUGGGAAAAAUGCCAAAAUCACCAUCAGAAGGAUGAAGAAAGUUCAGAUCCCAGUCACUCGGACGGAGCCGGACCCCGUGUCUGAAAACGACGAGGACAGCUACGAAGAGGAGAUUCCAGACCCGAGGAGUUCCCGCGGCGCUGCGAGCGCAGGCAGAAGGCAGGAGAAAAACUGGGUGAGGGACCGAAGCGCGAGCAGAGAGAGGAGUCUGUCGCCGAGAUCGGACCGUAGAUCGGUGACUUCAAGUCAGCCUGCAAAGCCAACUAAAGUCACGUUGGUGAAGUCCAGGAAGAAUGAAGAAUACGGUUUGCGCCUGGCCAGCCACAUAUUCGUGAAAGAAAUAUCCCAAGAUAGUCUAGCGGCGAGAGACGGCAACAUUCAGGAAGGUGACGUUGUCUUGAAGAUAAACGGCACAGUCACGGAAAAUAUGUCAUUGACAGAUGCCAAGACCCUAAUAGAAAGGUCAAAGGGCAAGCUGAAGAUGGUGGUUCAAAGGGAUGAGCGGGCAACUCUGCUGAACGUCCCCGAUCUUUCUGAUAGCGUUCACUCGGCCAAUGCUUCAGAAAGAGACGACAUUUCAGAAAUUCAGUCGCUGGCAUCCGAUCAUUCCAACCGAUCCCAUGACAGGCCCCGCCGCAGUCGCUCACGAUCUCCUGACCAGCGGUCGGAGCCUUCAGAUCAUUCCAGACAUUCUCCACAGCAGCCCAGCAACGGCAGCCUCAGGAGCAGAGACGACGAGAGAAUAGCGAAGCCAGGGGCGGUCUCUACGCCCGUGAAGAACGCCGAGGACCUUCCCCUGUCAAAAUCCGUGGAAGAAUCUGUAGUGGAAAGGAACGAAAAACAAACCCCACCACUUCCAGAACCAAAGCCAGUCUACGCUCAGCCGGGACAGCCGGAUGUGGAUUUGCCGGUCAGCCCGUCCGAUGGCCCUCUACCAAACUCAACCCACGAGGACGGCAUGCUCCGGCCAAGCAUGAAACUUGUUAAAUUCAAAAAAGGGGACAGCGUCGGCUUGCGGUUGGCGGGCGGCAAUGACGUUGGGAUCUUCGUGGCCGGUGUUCUCGAGGACAGCCCCGCCGCUAAAGAGGGCUUGGAAGAAGGAGAUCAGAUUCUCAGGGUAAAUAACGUCGACUUCACAAACAUCAUCCGCGAGGAAGCCGUGCUCUUCUUGCUCGACCUCCCUAAAGGGGAAGAGGUAACAAUCUUGGCACAGAAGAAGAAAGACGUUUAUCGACGCAUUGUGGAGUCGGAUGUAGGAGAUUCUUUCUAUAUUAGAACUCAUUUUGAAUACGAAAAAGAAUCUCCCUACGGGCUGAGCUUCAACAAAGGCGAGGUGUUCCGGGUGGUGGACACCUUAUACAACGGCAAGCUCGGAUCCUGGUUGGCUAUUCGGAUAGGCAAGAAUCACAAAGAGGUGGAGAGAGGCAUCAUUCCCAACAAAAACAGAGCUGAGCAGCUCGCAAGCGUGCAGUACACGCUUCCAAAGACGGCCGGCGGGGACCGGGCCGAUUUCUGGAGGUUCCGAGGGUUGCGCAGUUCCAAGAGAAAUCUCCGGAAAAGCAGAGAGGAUCUUUCCGCCCAGCCGGUGCAGACCAAGUUUCCUGCCUACGAGAGAGUCGUCCUUCGAGAAGCUGGGUUUCUCAGGCCGGUGACCAUCUUUGGACCAAUCGCGGAUGUGGCGCGGGAGAAGCUGGCGAGGGAAGAACCCGACAUUUACCAGGUUGCAAAAAGCGAACCAAGGGAUGCUGGGACGGACCAACGUAGUUCUGGCAUUAUCCGUCUUCACACAAUAAAACAGAUAAUCGACCGAGACAAACACGCCUUGUUAGAUGUCACUCCGAACGCUGUGGACCGUUUGAACUACGCACAGUGGUAUCCCAUCGUGGUGUUCUUGAACCCAGAUUCCAAGCAGGGCGUCAAGACCAUGAGAAUGAGGCUGUGUCCCGAAUCCCGGAAAAGUGCCAGGAAACUAUACGAGAGGGCCCACAAGCUACGGAAAAACAACCAUCACCUCUUCACAGCAACCAUUAACUUGAAUUCCAUGAACGACGGCUGGUACGGUGCUCUCAAGGAAGCGAUUCAGCAUCAGCAGAAUCAGUUAGUGUGGGUUUCGGAAGGAAAGGCAGACGGCGCUACAAGCGACGACCUGGACCUCCAUGACGACCGCCUGUCCUACCUGUCGGCUCCGGGCAGUGAGUACUCCAUGUACAGCACGGACAGUAGGCAUACUUCUGACUACGAGGACACCGACACCGAAGGUGGGGCCUACACCGACCAGGAGCUAGACGAGACCCUCAACGACGAGGUGGGGACCCCUCCCGAGUCGGCCAUCACGCGGUCCUCCGAGCCCGUCAGGGAAGACGCGUCGGUAAUGCACCACGAGAAUCCGACGUACCCUCCGUACGCGCCACAAGCUCAGCCGCAGCCGAAUCACAGGAUAGAGUCGCCUGGGUUUAAGACGGGCGCUGCGCAGCCGAAAGCGGAAGCCUCACCUGCAGCCCCCUACCUUUCCCCGUCACCAGACUCGAACCCCGCGGCUUCCUCAACUUCUGCUGUCCGCCCCAGCCUAAGCCUCACUAAUGUCAGACUGGAGGAGCCGGGCCUGGCUCCUUACAACAACUCUUUCCAGCCGCAAGCCGGCCCCCUCAGAACGCCCGGCACUGAGGCGCCUCGUAUAAUGCUCAGAGAUCCAGAGCCGCCGUCCGUGCCGCCGCACAUAGACCCAGCAAAGAUGUACAGGAAAGAUCCCUACAUCAACGAAGAGCCGUACCUCAACGAGGAACCAUCUCGGCAGAACUACGUCUUGAAGCCGCCGGCGCACAGUCAUGUGACACAAAGGCAGGACAAGGAAUCCAGUCUGGCCUACGAGCCCCAAGGCCAGUACCCGGAGAAACAGCCCAGCAGAGAUUACGAGCCCUUGCCAUACAGGUAUGAGUCCACGAACUACGUGGAUCAGUUUCCUCGCGGCUACGACCCUCGUCUACACUACGAGGAACGUGUCCCUCCAUAUGACGACCACUGGGCCUAUUACGACGAGAAGCAGCCCUACCCGCCCCGGCCACCUUACGAGAACCAACCUUCUAGAGACUUUGAACCCCGGCAAAACGCAGAAGAGAGCACAGACCGCAGAUGCUAUUUCUCAGCACAACCUCGCUUUGACGAGCCGCCGCCUUCCGUCGCAGCUUACGACAGCCGGCCUCGCUACGAGCCCGCCUCUAAAAACUUUGGCCUCCCGCAGCUGAGAUAUGAGGAGCAGCCCACCACUGGGUACGAGGUUCACGGUAGAUACAAAGCAGAGACUCCAGCCUAUGCCUCCACUGUGCCCAGAUCGCCUGAGCCUAAGCAUUACUUUGAGUCGCAGCCCAGAGGCUAUGAGCCGGGCAUGCCGCAAGGGUUGGCCGCUAAAGUCGGACAGUAUGAACCUUCCCACAACACCGCUGGGGCACACCCUCCCCUUCCGCCGCAAAGCAAACCAGAAGUUCUGCCUUCCAACAGUAAACCACUGCCUACACAACCAGCGGAGGAAGAUGUUGACCCGGCCAUGAAGCCGCAGUCCGUGCUCACGAGGGUUAAAAUGUUUGAAAACAAAAGGUCGUCGUCGCUGGAAAAAAUAAAGGACUCAAACGAUGUCCCGGUAGUCAAGCCACCAGAGCUUGCUCCUAAACCUAACAUCACCCCAGCGAGUGUUCCUAAGCCAGUCUCUCAAAAUCAAUACGAACACGACAAACCAGCUUACAGGGCCCCAGAACCGCAGAGACCUCAAACGAAGCCCCCCGAGGACAUUGUCCGGGCAAACCACUACGAUCCCGAGGAGGACGAGGAGUACUACCGCAAGCAGCUCUCCUACUUCGACCGCCGGAGCUACGAAAACAAGCCUGCCGGGGCCCAAGUCCCUGCCAGCCACCACCCGCCGGAGCCCGUGAAGCCUGCCCCUCUCCAUAAUCAGCUGAACUACACGAACUACUCUUCCAAGGGCAAGUCGAUAGACGCGGAGCCUUUGGAGAGGGGCUUGGCCGAGAAGCGUUACGAGCCAGUCCCGCAGGUGACUCCGCCUCCCCCCGCGCCGCCAGUGCAGUACACUCAACCUCAGUCCAUUAACAACCCAAUCGUGUCUCUCCAGCCCAAACCUGCACUCCCCGAAGUCAACUCUGUGUCAGAUUUCCAGAACUCCACCGUGUCCAAACCUGACCCGCCACCCUCUCAGAACAAGCCAGCAGCGUUCCGGUCUUCCAGCCGAGAAGACACCGUGCAGUCCACCUACUUCCCUCAGAAAAACUUCCCCGAUAAAGGGCCGGUGAACGGGACGGAGCCGAUCCCCAAAACGGUCACCCCGGCUUACAACCGCUUCACGACGAAACCUUACACGAGCGCCGCCCGGCCGUUCGAGCGCAAGUUCGAAAGCCCGAAAUUCAACCACAACCUGCUGCCGGACGAGAAUCCGCCCAAGCCGGAGUUGGCGUCGAAACCCCAGAAUUCUCCCCAGCCCGUUUUAAAAGCACACGGCUUGACGCAGCCUCACUCGGAGUUUGACAGCGUGACGGAUACGUUCCCUGUGCCGUCGGACAAGCUCAAGUACCAACCAAAUAACAUCAGUGCCGUGCCUAAGGCCAUUCCCGUAAGUCCUUCGGCGUUGGAAGAUGACGAUGAAGAGGAUGGGCACACCGUAGUCGCCACAGCGAGAGGCGUGUUCAACAGCAACGGUGGCGUUCUCAGCUCCAUCGAGACGGGAGUGAGCAUAAUCAUCCCGCAAGGCGCCAUCCCGGAGGGAAUCGAGCAAGAAAUCUAUUUCAAGGUCUGCCGAGACAAUAGUAUCCUCCCUCCUUUAGACAAAGAAAAAGGUGAAACGCUGCUCAGUCCCUUGGUCAUGUGCGGGCCCCACGGACUCAAAUUCCUGAAGCCGGUGGAGCUGCGCUUACCACAUUGUGCGUCUAUGACCCCUGAUGGUUGGUCUUUUGCUCUAAAAUCCUCCGACUCCUCGUCGGGUGACCCCAAAACCUGGCAGAACAAGUCUCUUCCCGGGGAUCCAAACUAUCUUGUUGGAGCAAACUGUGUCUCGGUUCUAAUAGAUCACUUCUAACCCUUAACAUUAGCAGGUUGAGCUAAGUGUGAAAUCAAGAUACUUCUUAAAACAAAAAAA